AUGACGACCGUCGUGGAUGAGCUCAUGAAGAAGUUCGACGGGUUCGACGCAGCCAUGACGUGGGUGCUCGACAAGCUCACCGCACUCGAAGCUUGGAAGUCGUCAUCAAGAGCUACUAUGGACAAGCUGCUCAACCAGGAAGAGGAGCUGGAGAAAGUUAAACUGAAGCGUUCAUAUCGCCACGACUCUAAAGAUAAUCAGAAGCCUGGUUGCAAGGUUUUCACUACCAAUGAUAUGCUGAAGCAUUCUCUGAAGAAAGAUUGUCGGUACCCCAGGACUGGGUUAGAUGACUCCCCUGACUACUCAUCUUGUGAAGAAGAGGAGGCUCAUCCCGUCAUGGUUGUACAACAGUCUCAGCCACAGGAUAAUCCUACUGCAGUACGCAGGAAGAGGAAGACUAUGAGGUUCAAAGGGUUUGUGGGCAAAACUGAAAUACUGAUCUUAUUAGACUCUAGCAGUGCUGGCACAUUUAUCAGCCCAGAGACUGCUGCAUCCAUUCAGCAGUCAGAACAGUCUUGUGAUCCCCUUCAGUUUGUUACUGCUGAUGGGAGCCCCAUGCUGUCAACAACUUUCAUCCCUCAGUUGCAUUGGUGUAUUCAGGGACAUUCUUUUACUUAUGAUGCCAGAGUUCUUCCAUUAAAAGGGUUUGAUAUGAUAUUGGGUGCUGGUUGGUUGGAAGACCACAGUCCAAUGUGGCUACAUUGGAAGAAAAAGAUUAUGAGAAUUCCACAUCAAGGCCGCAGAAUUCAGUUACAGGGCCUACAAGAGGACACAUCUAGAUGUUUCAAAGUAUCUCCCCACAAGCUGAAAGGAUUGUUGAAACGACAGGCUGUUACUCAUUGUGUGAAGAUUAAGAAGCUGGCUGAACUUGAGACUGAUACUGGCAGUGAUCUUAUUCUGAUGGAUCCCAUUGCUCUUGUUUCUGAGCAGCUGUCUCUAUCUGCUUCUAUUCCAUCUGGUAUUCAGUCUGUCAUUCAACAGUACUCUCAUCUGUUCCAGGAACCAUCAACACUGCCUCCCUCUAGAGAAUUUGACCAUUCAAUUUCACUUAUGCCUGAAGCACAACCUGUAAAUGUCAGACCAUACAAAUAUGCCCCUCAUCAGAAAACUGAGAUUGAAAAAAAGGUUGAUGACAUGCUAUCAAAACGUCUUAUCCAAAAGAGCGUGAGUUCCUUUGCCUCCCCUGUGUUGUUAGUCAGAAAGAAAUAUGGUUCUUGGAGGUUUUGUGUGGACUACAGACAACUCAACACCAUUACAGUCAAAGACAAACAUCCUAUGCCAGUUGUUGAUGAGCUCCUAGAUGAAUUACAUGGCUCACAGUGGUUCACAAAGCUUGAUUGCAGGCCAGGAUAUCAUCAGAUUAGACUUACACCAGGUGAUGAGAAGAAGACAACAUUCAAAACUCACCAUGGUCUUUAUGAGUUCUUGGUCAUGCCUUUUGGUUUAACCAAUGCUCCAGCUACCUUUCAAGCUGCCAUGAACUCGAUUUUUGCCCCAUUAAUGAGGAAGGGUGUCUAG